GUCACUUUGUCUUCCGGCACAAAACCAAAACAUAUAUUGCCUCCUCCAAAAUAGUGACUCAGGUAGAGGUCUGACUUUGGCGACACGUCAGCCUCGCCCAGUAUGUCGCUGCCAGAUAAAAAUGCCAGCGGUAUCCUGACCUCUGCAAUCACGGGGACAACUAUGUUAAUAGUCGUACAGUUGGUCUCCAGGUUCUUCAUUUUUGCCGCGAAUCAGAUGAUUCUGAGAAAUUUAUCACCGUCCAUUUUGGGGAUCUCUGCGCAACUUGAUUUGUUCUUGAGUUCAAUUCUGUACUUCUCCAGGGAAAGCAUUCGAUCAGCAGCCCAAAGGCAGCCGUUGCCUCCUGGAUAUUCUACCGCAGCAGAUAAAAAUGGGAUCUCUUUGAGAAAGGAUCGAGCCAGAAAGAAAGCCCAGGCAGUUUCCUCUCAAUCCAUAGUGAACAUGGCCUACCUGGGUAUUGGCAUGGGCAUUGUUACAGCUACGAUGUUCUCAGCAUUUUACUUGUACGUCGCCUCCCUUGAGGUCUCGGAAAUGCCAUACUACCAUAUGAGUGUGGCAGUCACAGCUAUUGCAUCAGUGAUUGAGCUUGGUUCAGAGCCCUUUUUUGUGGUGAUACAGCAGCACAUGCUAUACAGCAAGCGAGCAGCUGUUGAAAUAUGCGCCGCGUUUUUCAAAAGCCUGGUGACAUGUGGAAUAUCCAUAUGGGGUGUAAAAUCUGGUUACAGUCUUGGCCCCCUGCCUUUUGCACUUGGGUACCUAUCCUAUGCACUAGCAGCUUUUUGUGGCUAUUUUCUAGUUGCAGUACAACAGUCUAGCAAUUGGCAAUUUUCAUUUUUUCCCUCCCGAAUAGGGCCAAGUGAUGACUCGACAUACCUCUGUGGUAUAUUUCCAUGGCGCUUGAUAACCUUGUCCGCGAACGUUUUCCUCCAAUCCGUAAUAAAACACUUGCUAACGCAGGGAGAUUCGAUGAUUCUUGCCGCCAUGACAAGUUUACAAGAACAGGGAAUAUACUCGCUAGCUUCCAAUUACGGUGGCCUACUAGCCCGUGUCUUAUUCCAACCUAUUGAAGAGAGCAGUAGGGCAAUCUUCUCGUCACUCCUCAACAGCAAAGCAGGCAAUGGGCAGGAAGGCAGCAUUAAAACUGCCAAGGCACAUUUGCUGAGUGUAGCGAGAGGAUACAUGAUGAUAACAGUCUUGGUAAUUCCCCUAGGCCCAGCUUUUGCUCCAAAGUUACUUCAUAUAUUGGGUGGGCGGCGAUGGAUUGUCGCCGAAGUUGAUGACUUAUUCGCCCUCUAUUGCUAUUACAUACCUUUCCUGGCUUUUAACGGCAUCGGUGAGGCAUUUGUCUCUUCCACUGCGAAGCCAUCUGAACUCCGAAAGCAAUCCGCAUUCAUGGCACUGUUUUCGGCAUGCUUUGCCCUAGCAGCCUAUCUUUUUUUGUCAAUGGGCGGACUGGGAGCCCGUGGACUGGUUUAUGCCAACAUCGUGAAUAUGUGUGUGAGGAUAAUCUGGAGCUUCUCCUUCAUCCGAAAACAUCUACGGCAGUACAAUAUGGACAUUUUUUUGGUUGAGUUUGCACCACGGGUGCCCACCAAUGUUGCUGGAGCCAUUGUGGCCAUCCUGUUAUCCAAUACGGUACUUGGAGAAAAUGUGCUUGGAGAGUUGAUUUCACUCGCUCUUGGCGUGUUUUACGUCCUUCUAGUGCUGUAUUUUGAGAGAGACUACGUCAUGUUUUAUUACGCCAAAGUCCAUCAAAUUCUGGAGCGCAAAGGAAUGAGGUCUAAAAUAAAACAAGUCAAGGCAGAUUAAGUCAAUCAUCAAAUACAAUCUUUGUAGCCGCCUUUCCCGGCUCGACAUCCUUGAAAAAAGCACCGUACGCGUCAUGCUGCUUCUUUUUCACAGUCGACCCAAACCUAAGUAAAGCCUCGGGUACAUCCUGGUUUGCCGCUUUCAAGACAUUGAUCAACC